UUUCAAACGAAGUUUCUUAAUAAGCUUACCAUAAAAUGGUCUGAAAAUUAAUAACUACAAGGUUUWAUACAAAAUGGCUAGCUGCUGGAGUGGCUGUUGGACGGGUUUCACCGACAGUCUACGCAGUUUACGGCGAACUUUAUAUCUUGCGGGACCAGGAUCUGGUAAUCGAGCUCGCUACAACGAAGCAAAAGCUACCGUAGAGUUUGAAACACUGAUUGAUGACGAUGAUUGUGAAUUUGAAACUGCUCCAAGCUUUACAAGACGUUUACUAACAGAAGAGGAACAGUAUUUAGUAAAUCAGAGAAGAUAUGACCAGCUUGUUCACAAACAAAGACAGAUUGAUCAUGAAAUAGAUGCACAGCUUCGGAAUGAAGAGGAUAAAAUACGGCGUGAAGAGGAAGCUCUUUAUGAGGCAAAAAGGCAAGCAGCCAGGGCAGCAAAACAAAGCAGAAAUUAUGAGGAAAAUAAGAAACCUUCAUAUCAAAACAACACACAAGUAAAUUCCAAGCUUUCAGAAAACACAACGCUGUCKUCAUGGACAUCUGAUGAUGGUCUUAGCAUCGACAGUGCAGAGCUUGAUGCUGAAGACUUUGACUCUUUUCUUGAGAAAGUAAAAGCAAGAUCGUUGAAUCCAUCAAAACAAACUGGUGCAACAACAAGUACUACAGCAGUUUCCAAUGGUGUGAUAGCAAAUGGUUGGGAUUCAUUCACAAAUAGCGUUGAGCCCACAAAGGCUGUUGGGAAAUCUUCUAUCGAUGCAUUUAAAAUUCUUGACCUAUCUCCAGUGGAGUCAGACGACAGAGCUACCGAUGUAGAUCGAUAGUCAUUGUAAAAAAUAUCACAAAGCUCUAUUUAUAUAUAGUAAGAACUUAUAAAAUUUUAAUGGAAGAAAGAUUGCAAUAUCGAACUUUUUAUUGCUACUGGAGAAACUUUAAGUGUAAGUCAUUUCAGCCUUGAAGAAAUGAAUCAAUCAAUAAUGAAUUUAUAAUUAUCACUAGUCUUUCUGUGACAGAAGGCAAAUGCCUUUAUAUUACACAGUACUUUAUAUAAAAACUAAAGGCCUUAUAGUCCCUCGUGCAUCCAAUAAUCUUUCGUGCAAUUUUCUCAUAGAAGAAAAUUCACCACCUUUGAUUUUUGAACCAAUCAAAAGGCAGCUUUCAAAUGAGAUCAUUUAAAACAAAAGAAAAGAUCAAAAAGGUUUCAGAUGAAUGUGGRUCUUUAAGAAAGCCAUGAGUCAAAUGUUUCUAAUUUCUCAAAAAAUCUAACAAUUCUAUUGGCCAUAGAACAUACUGUUAUAAGAGGCACAGUCGUUGAAAGCAUUUCCAUUAUGGCAUGCAGCUUGAGUUAUACAAUGUUUUAACAUUAAAAUAAUUUUAAAAUGG